UUUAUAAGGGGAGCUCGUCAGUCCUCUUCUUCGGCUCAGCUCCGCUUACGGAGUCCCUUUUCCAACCUCCUUGUUUUCGCAUUCAUCCUUGAGUGGCUGGUGGAAUCGCAAAAGGGAGAGGAAAAGAAGCCAGGGAGAGGUGUGGGAAAAACGAAAACAGACAGCCAGGACAGGGAAUUCCUUCCAAUUUAAAAAGGAAGUCUGCUGACGUUAGUUAGCUGAAUUUAACAUCCUUUUAUGUGUCACACUUGACUUCGGAAACAAAAUGAACUUUGAGGAGGGAGAAGACUCCAAGAGAUACUGCAUUAAAGCGAAACAUGUGGCCAUUAUCUGUGCGGUGAUAGUAGGUGUAGGAUUAAUAGUGGGACUUGCCGUGGGCUUGACCAGAUCGUGUGACUCCACCACACCUCCUGCCCCUUCCUACCUUCCUCCCUCCCCUUCAGAUCUUCCUCCACAGGACCAGGGGGUCUGCCCUGCCAGUGAAGAUGAAACUGGAGAGUGGAAAAACUUCAGGCUGCCAGAUUUCAUCAACCCCGUGCACUACGACCUGGAGGUGAAGCCCCUGUUGGAGGAAGACACAUACACGGGCAACGUGACCAUCUCCAUCAAUGUGAGCAAGCCCACCCAGCACCUGUGGCUGCACUUGCGAGAGACCAGAAUCACCAAGCUCCCGGUGCUGACACGGUCCUCCGGGGAGCAGGUGCAAGUCAAGCGGUGUUUCGAGUACACAAAGCAGGAGUAUGUGGUGGUCGAGGCGGCAGAAGAGCUUCCACCCAGCGAUGCCUACAGCUUGACCAUGGAGUUUUCCGGCUGGCUGAACGGCUCCCUCGUGGGAUUUUAUAGAACGACGUACAUGGAGAAAGAAGAAAUCAAGAGCAUAGCAGCCACUGACCAUGAACCAACAGAUGCCAGGAAAUCCUUCCCUUGUUUCGAUGAGCCCAAUAAAAAGGCAACUUACACAAUAUCUAUCGUCCACCUUAAAGAAUAUAAGGCACUUUCAAAUAUGCCAGUGGCGAAAGAAGAGCCGGUGGAUGAUAGAUGGAUUCGAACAACUUUUGAGAAGUCUGUCCCCAUGAGCACUUAUCUAGUGUGCUUUGCUGUACAUCAGUUUGACUCCAUAGAAAGAAUAUCAAAGAGGGGAAUACCUCUCACUGUUUAUGUCCAGCCAGAACAAAAGCACACAGCUGAAUACGCUGCAAACAUAACUAAAAUUGUGUUUGAUUACUUUGAGGACUACUUUGCCAUGGACUAUGCUCUUCCUAAAUUAGAUAAAAUCGCUAUUCCAGAUUUUGGCACGGGUGCUAUGGAGAACUGGGGCCUCAUCACUUACCGAGAAACUAAUCUGCUUUAUGACCCUAAGGAAUCAGCCUCAUCAAACCAACAGAGAGUAGCCAGUGUUGUUGCCCAUGAACUUGUGCAUCAGUGGUUUGGAAAUAUUGUGACCAUGGACUGGUGGGAUGACCUGUGGCUCAAUGAAGGGUUUGCCUCCUUCUUCGAAUUUCUGGGAGUAAAUCAUGCAGAAGGAGAUUGGCAAAUGCGAGACCAGAUGUUACAUGAAGAUGUUUUGCCUGUACAAGAGGAUGAUUCUUUGAUGUCUUCACACCCGAUUGUUGUCACUGUGACAACCCCUGCAGAAAUAACAUCUGUUUUUGAUGGAAUAUCCUAUAGCAAGGGAGCUUCCAUUCUGCGAAUGCUUGAAGACUGGAUAACACCAGAGAAGUUUCAAAAAGGAUGCCAGAAUUACUUGGUAAAAUACAAAUUCAAGAAUGCAAAAACAUCAGACUUUUGGGAAGCACUGGAAGAGGCAAGUGAUUUACCUGUGAAGGAAGUAAUGGACACCUGGACCAGACAGAUGGGCUAUCCUGUGCUUAAUGUAGACAAUAGAAGUAACAUCACACAGAAACGUUUUCUGUUGGAUUCAAGUGCUAAUCCUUCCCAGCCACCUUCAGAUCUUGGUUAUACUUGGAAUAUUCCAGUUAGAUGGACUGAAGAUAACCUAUCAAGUACUGUAUUAUACAAUAGAUCAGAAAACGGAGGAAUCACUUUGAACUCUCCUAAUCCUGGUGGAAAUGCUUUUCUCAAAAUAAACCCAGAUCAUAUUGGGUUUUAUCGUGUAAAUUAUGAAAUACCAACUUGGAACUGGAUAGCUACCGAGCUCACCUUUGACCACACAAACUUUUCUCCUGCUGAUCGUGCCAGUCUUAUUGAUGAUGCUUUUGCCUUGGCAAGAGCUGAACUUCUUGAUUAUAAGGUGGCUCUGAACUUGACCAGGUAUCUCAAAAUGGAAGAGGAUUUUUUGCCAUGGCAGAGAGUCAUUUCAGCUAUAACCUACAUCAUUAACAUGUUUGAAGAUGAUAAAGAGCUGUAUCCUAUGAUUGAGGAAUACUUCCAAGGUCAAGUGAAGCCCAUUGCAGAUUCUCUGACAUGGGAAGAUACUGGAGACCACCUCAAAAAGUUACUCCGUGCCUCUGUGUUAGGGCUCGCGUGCAAGAUGAGAGACCCAGAAGCUUUGAACAGUGCAUCCCAGUUAUUUCAGCAGUGGCUACGUGGAAAUAUAAGUCUUCCUGUAAAUCUCAGGCUUCUGGUAUAUCGAUAUGGGAUGCAGAACUCUGGAGAUGAGGCUUCAUGGAACUACACUUUUGAGCAAUACCAGAAAACUUCAUUGGCUCAAGAAAAAGAAAAACUGCUCUAUGGAUUAGCAUCAGUGAAAAAUAUCACUCUUCUUUCAAGGUAUCUGGAUAUGCUCAAGGACUCAAACCUUAUUAAAACUCAGGAUGUGUUUACAGUCAUCCAGUAUAUCUCAUAUAACAGCUAUGGGAAGAACAUGGCCUGGAAUUGGAUACAGCUUAACUGGGAAUAUCUAGUCAACAGAUAUACACUCAAUGACAGAAACCUUGGUCGGAUUGUCACGAUAGCAGAACCAUUCAACACUGAACUACAACUCUGGCAGAUGGAGAGCUUUUUUGCAAAAUACCCAGAAGCUGGAGCAGGAGAAAAACCUAGGAAACAAGUGCUUGAAACAGUGAAAAACAAUAUUGAGUGGCUAAAACAAAAUAGAAACACCAUCAGAGAAUGGUUUUUUGAUUUACCUCGUUUAAGUUAAUGUGUUCAAAUAUCAUAUUUUAAUUUUGUGAAUCUAUUGUUUAUCCUAUUAAGCAUUUGGCGGCCUGAUUAUAAGCACUAUGGAGGGAGUCUUAUAUACAGAUGCUGCUUUUCUGUUUAUAUGCCUUGCAAAGCUUUUCAACUGUUCCUCUUUUUGUUAUGAUGAAAGGUACUAAUAGAGUCUUUAAUAUACUCAGGGAUUUCCUCUAAGUGUACUUCAUAGGACAUUCUUCACCAACUAAAGAGAAUUUAACAGUCAUUUUAAUGUCUUUAAAUAUCAUUCUUUAUGUAUCUUAAAUCUGUGAAAAUAGAACACUUUGGUCUUAGCUUUACAUUUUUAGUACCAAAGAAACACCACUUAAUCUUCUUUCUUGAUUGAUUUUUCAAGUUUAAAUACCAUUACUUGAGGGACCAAUAUUACCAUUUUAAUCUUUAUUUUAUUAUUCCGAGUUAUACAGACCUAAUAUCAUUUUAUUCACAUGUCUUACGAUUUUAAAUGCUACCAAAGUAACUUGGCCUUAAAUUUUACUCAAAGACAGCAUGAAUUAGCCAAAGAAAUGUCUGACUAUUACCUUUGCUCCUACAAAAUCAACAAGAGAACUCUCCUCUCCUUUUUAAAAUAAAUAUGAAUUGUUACCUGGAAAAAA